AUGCCUUUCGGAAGGAGGAGGGCUUACAUUUUGGCCAGGCCUUGUGUGAUUGGCUCAGAUCAACAUUCUCUGUUCAUCUUCCUGUGUAGGAUUUCUAGACCAAGUGUCAUCUCCCAGCUGGAACAGAAAGACGAGUCAUGGCUUCUACCACUCCAACAUUUUGAGGCAAGGGAGAUCCUAAGGGAAAGUCACUCAGACUUGGAGAAUCAGCUGGGAAAACUCCAUCAGGAUGUUUCUGAAACAGCAGAACAAAGCAGAACAUCCUCAGAAGGGGCCAAUGAAGAUGUUUAUCAGACUCCCAGCUGGGGAGGAAGCUGGGAGAGGGGCCUUGAAUUAGAACCUGGAACCCUCCCAGGGGAGGGCCAUCGGGACAAGGAUUUAAACAAGCUCCUGGAGGGAUAUGCAGGAAAGAAGCCGGUGUGUGCAGAAUGUGGGAAAACCUUUAACCAGAGCUCCUAUCUCAUUAGACACCUAAGAACCCACACCGGCGAGAGGCCUUAUAAAUGCACUGAGUGUGGGAAAGGCUUCAAGCAGAGUUCAGACCUCGUCACCCACCGCAGAACACACACAGGAGAGAAACCCUACCAGUGCAGUGGGUGUGAGAAAAAAUUCGGCGACAGCUCGACACUCGUCAAACAUCAGAGGACCCACACCGGCGAGAGGCCCUAUGAGUGCCCAGAGUGUGGGAAGACUUUUGGGCGGAAGCCACACCUCAUCAUGCACCAAAGAACCCACACGGGAGAGAAGCCCUACACGUGCCUCAAAUGUCACAAAAGCUUCAGCCGAAGCUCCAAUUUCAUCACCCACCAGAGGACCCACACAGGCGUGAAGCCUUACCGGUGCGAUGACUGCGGGGAGCGUUUCAGCCAAAGCUCGGAUCUGAUCAAGCACCGGCGAACCCACACGGGGGAGCGGCCCUUUAAAUGCCCCGAGUGCGGGAAGGGCUUCACGGACAGUUCCCAUUUCGUCGCGCACAUGGGCACGCACUCGGGAGAGAGGCCAUUCAGCUGCCCCUCCUGCCCCAAGAGCUUCAGCCAGAGCUCCCAUCUGGUCACCCACCAGAGGACCCACACCGGCGAGCGGCCUUUUAAGUGUGACGGCUGUGGCAAAGGGUUCGCCGACAGCUCUGCCCUCGUGAAGCACCAGCGGAUCCACACGGGAGAGAGACCCUACCGGUGUGGCGAGUGCGGGAAGAGCUUCAAUCAGAGCUCCCACUUCGUGACCCAUCAGCGGAUCCACUUAGGAGAGAGACCGUAUCCGUGCCCCGAGUGUGGCAAAACCUUCAAUCAGCGUUCCCACUUCCUGACACACCAGAGAACACACACAGGAGAAAAACCUUUCCACUGUAGUAAAUGUGGCAAGAGCUUCCGUCAGAAAGCACACCUUUUAUGCCAUCAAAACACUCAUUUGAUUUAGGAAAUAAUCUUUAGUGGUUUUGCUGCUCCCUUCCAAAAAUUU